AUGUUGUUCUUCGGCCUUGGGAACCUUUUCUUGGUCGUCAUCCUCAUCAUCAACUCUAUCGCUAUCCUAUCCGAGGACCGCUUCCUUGCUCGCAUCGGAUGGGGCCGCACGUCAGCUGAGCCAGGCUUCGGCGCGACGUACGAUAGCACCAGCGUGAAGGCGAAGACGAUCAACUUGAUUGCCAGUGUGCGCACAGUCAUGCGGAUACCCCUUAUCAUCAUCAAUACCGUCGUCAUCGUCUACGAGCUUGUCCUCGGUUGA